AUGAUGCUCUCUCUGCAUUACUGCGUCACUCUUCUUAUUCUCGUUUGGUCAGUUGUUGAUGGUCGUUCAUUAGCUGUAUUCGAUGUUCGUAUAGAUCAUCAUAAAGUUGAUACUACUCGUGAUUUAAUUAUUAAUACACCAAGACCUGGAUUUUCCUGGAAAAUUCCUUUUCCUGAGAAUAUUUCCCAACAACGAAAUAUUGAACAAAUUGCAUAUCAAAUUCAAUUAGAAUCAAUUAAAUUAACUGAUCGAGAUACUUUGUAUCAAUGGGACUCUGAACGUGUUGCUUCAUCCCAAUCAACUCAUAUUCGAUACACAGGUCAAGCUGAUCUUCUUCCAUCAAGAUAUCAUCGUCUUCGUAUACGAGUAUGGACGACAAAUUCCGAAGAAGCAAGUGAAUGGACCAAAUGGAUUCAAUUUCGAACAGCUAUAUUUAAUUUACAUGAUUAUAUAACACAGAAUGGUAAUCUUACUUGGAUUGGUUCAACGAAAAUUAACAUGAAUGAAUUACGAAAAGAAUUUAAUGUUCCAAAUACUAGUCCUGUCAAAUCAGCAAUUGUUUAUAUAACUGGUCUGGGUUAUUAUGAAUUUUAUUUGAAUGGAAAAAAUGUUGAUCCAAGUCGUAAACUUGAUCCUGGUUGGACAACCUAUGAGAAACGUACUUUACUCGCUUCAUAUGAUGUGACAGGCAAUAUCACGACUGGUAUGAAUGCCGUGGGUGUGAAAUUAGGCAAUGGUUGGUAUGCCCAUGAACAAGGAGGCAAUGGUCCACCUCGUCUUAUUUUUACAUUGUCUAUUACGUUUCAAAGUGGUGAUGACAUGCAAGUUCUCAGUGAUUUGACAUGGACAGGUCGUGAGGGAUCAAUCAAACAUGAUAGUGUUUAUAAUGGAGAAUUCUGUGAUAGUCGAGGUAAUCGUCCUGGUUGGAGUGAAGCUGGAUUCAGUGACUCUUUAUCAGCUUGGAUCACUCCAGAGUCAUUAUCAUCACCAGUCGAUGAUUCCGGUUUACUUGUACUCCAAGACAUGCCACCAAUUCGAGCGGGAGAGGAUGCAUUACAUUUUGAAGUAACUACUGAUAAUCAACAACACAGUUAUUUAACUACAGAAGAUGUAGGCAAAAUGAAAGGUGCAUCAUUAACUGCUGGCGUUGUAAUUCAACCUGUUUCUUCUUGGAAUUCCGAAUCAGGUGUUCAUACAUUUGAUCUUGGUCAGAAUAUUGCUGGAUGGUGUCGUUUGCGAUUUCUUGGUCCACCAGGUUAUGGCACCUAUAUCCGUCACGGAGAAGCAUUAGUUCAAGGAACCGUUGGGAAGAAUUUCACUUAUCAUGGUUUUCGUUAUAUAUCUGUACUUGGUUCACCCAAUCCAUUGGCUCUCGAUGAUGUUGAAUGUCCUUUCGUACAUAGUGAAACAACAUUAAGAGGCAAUUUCACUUCGAGCAAUCCCAUUAUUAAUCAAAUUCAACAUAAUGUUCAAUGGGGUCAACUAAGCAAUUCAAUGUCUUUACCUACUGAUUGUCCACAACGUAAUGAACGUCGAGGAUGGAUGGGAGAUGCAGCACUAACAGUGAAUGAAGCCUUAUACAAUUUUGAUUUAGUCAAAUUUUAUCUCAAUUUUCUUAAUUUAAUCUGUGAUGUUCAAUUACCCGAUGGACAAGUUCCCGAUUUCGUACCUGGAUCGAGCUAUAAUCCUGAUCCAAAUUGGGGAACUGCAUUACCAACAAUAGCUUGGCAAGUUUAUCGACAUACGAACGACUCAUCACUUCUCGAACCUUAUUAUAACAAUGUGCGGGCUUACGUAGAAUAUAUUCGUAAGGGAUAUAAUCAAACUGGUCUUGUUAAUUUAUUCUGUAAAUAUGGUGAUUGGGUUCCACCACCACCAUUUGGUCAAACUAACAGAGCUCUGAUAUCAUCAUUUGCUUUCCUUCAUGAUGUCAAUAUUCUACUAAAUAUGUCUCAAGUGUUGGAAAAAACGAGUGACACUGGCAUCUAUUCAGCAUUAUAUGAACAACUUACCCAAGAAUUUCAUCGUGUCUUUUUUAAUAAUACAACAAAUGCUUAUGCUGAUGGAAUGCAAGCAGCUCAAGUCUUAGCUUUGGCAUUACCUGGUGUUGUACCACCUAAUGUACAUGGUGUUGUUGUCGAUAAUCUCGUCACAGAUAUUAGGAAACAAGGAAAUCAUGUAACAACAGGCAUUGUCUCCAAUGCUCAAAUCUAUCCUGUUUUAUCUGAUAAUGGACAUCAUGAUUUAGCACUUGAAUUAGUGACAUCAAUAACAUAUCCAUCUUACGGUUUUAUGUUUAACAAUCCUUAUGAAAAUGCCACCACUAUCUGGGAAUUAUGGAAUGCUCCAUUUGAAGGACCAGGCAUGAACUCACGUAAUCAUCAUAUGUAUGCUACUGUUGGUACAUGGUUUUAUACUCAUUUAGCUGGGAUUGAUUUUACAUCAGAUGCAAUCACUAUUCGACCACGAAUGGCCUCUGAAGCUAAAAAACACUUGAUGAAAAAAUUAGAUUGUCAACUAAGUACAUUAUAUGGUCUUGUACAUGUUUCAUAUACUCGUGAUGAACGUGAUACAAUUGAUAAUUCCAUUUUACUUCGUCUUACAAUCCCACCAAAUGCACAAGCUCGUGUUAUGUUUGAACCAUUAUUUCCUGGUGCACAAUGCAAAACAUUGAUUGAAGGGAACAAAGUAUUAUGGUCAUCAGAUGUUGCUCUUGGAAAUAAUCAAGAAUUUAAAAUUGAAAGAGAUUUAUCAACAGAUUUAAUGAGUGUACAUGUUGGUUCAGGUCAAUAUGAAUUUCAUGCAGUGUGGAACUAA